AUGCAGAUCGAAGAAGCUUCAAGCAUGGUGGUCAUCGAAGUUGAAAUAGAUCGUUGUGACAGUGUUCCAGCGAAGAUCAAGAGGAUAAACAAGGAUAGCAAGGCCAUGGAAGUGAAGUUAGGAGAAGCAGAUUGUGAAAUCGAUGGUGCAGAGAAAACUGUGAAGAAGAGGAGAGUAUCCAAGUGUUCGUAUAUAAAGCGAAUACUGCAUGAGCACAGGAGCAGGCUGGUGGUUUUGAUAGAUAAGUUGGCCAGGAAACAUGAAUGGAGUGAUGCAAGCGGGGCUUUGAGUGUCCUGCUGAAAGGAACGCCUCGUGGGUGCUCUCUCAUGGAGGAUCGCAAACAUUUUCUGGUAUGAAUUGAAAGUCCAGGCUGCUGCCUCUUCUUUUCCAGCGCUGGUAUUGUCAAUACAUAUACAUUUUCUUAUUGGCUGUCUGUUGUCUUUGGAUGAGACAUUCCUGUCUGUAAAUGAGAAAAUUUGGUCCGCCAACUUAAAUUAGUAAAUUUCUACGAAUCACACUAGUCAGGAUCACACUAAGAGAGCUAGCAGAUGGAGAGUGUGAAGAAGAAGAGUAAAAAAGUUAGUGCACUAAAUUCAGAACUUGCUUGUCCUGGAAGGUCUUAUGGCAUAGGGCUUUUCAUUAAAAAUCGUUACUGUAAAUAUCGUGGUAGAUCCUUGGAAGAUAAGGGCCAUUUUGUUUCUUUUUUUAUUCAUUUUGCAGACUGUUUUGCUUGUCUGCUAGAGACAAAAGAUCAGUAUAAGUCUUUUGAGUUUUUAUUUAGACCAACUGUUAUCUCUUUGUCAAAUGAUGAGAAUUUGAAAACCAUGUAGAACCAUGUUCAUGCCCAACAUAAAUCUGUGUUCUCUUUUUAGCUUGGAUUUCCGUUGCCAUGCUCCUGCGAGUGACGUUGUACAUUUUUUGCUCUUGUAGAUCUAAGAGAUCAUUUGUAAAAGAUGAGAAAAAUGAUGCUUUGAUUAACAUUUUCCUAUAUUCUCUUUGUUUAUUACACCUAGCUUGCAAUGGAACUAGUACGCCGUUUUCCAAAUUCUCAAGACUACACCAGAAGAAUUAAGCAAAUAUUCGAAGUAUGGAUGAGCAAGCUUCCAUGGGCAAGAAAAUGCUGUAUGAAGGUAGUUCCUGGCAUCCCAUGCCAUCAUACACGUGAAAGUCUUAAGUUAGUCUAUUCUUUUCGCACAGAAGAUUGCUUUGAGACCAGCUGCAUGGUGUCAGUUUAUAUCAUGUAUAAGAUAUCUUCUUUUGGCACGGAAGAUCGUUUUAAUAUCAUUUAUAUAAAUAUGUGCUCUUCAACAAGUAUUUACAUUUUUUACUGCAUAAAAUUACUUUAAAUAUACUUAUAAAUGGCUUCACCUUGGGAUAUGCCAUUGGAAGACCACCAUGGUUGUCUUAAAAAACAUGUUCCUGGAAUGAAUCAUAAAUAUUCUAAGAUCUAGCAGCAGCUUGGUAACCUUUAUCAACUCCUGGCGAAUGUACUGUAGGUUCCUUUUAUUCACAGAGUUUAUGAUUGUUUCGGUCUAUAAUUGGUAUUUGUUCCUAUCACCCUUUUUCUUAAGGAUUUCAAUUUUUUUGUAGAAACACUUGAUCCAGAUGGAGUUAGCUCUCUUCUGCCUUAUGCAAGGGAAUAUCAGAGAAGCACAUCAUACCAUGAAGUUGUAAGUUCUUUAUGUGAACUUUAGGCAUCUAUUCGUUUAUUUGUGAUGCUGGCAUUACCUGCUGAUUAUCUGGUUUGCUUGCACGGUUGAUUAUCUGGUUUUUAUUCUCCCUCCUAAGCAAGUUCGAUUGUGGAAGCAUUUUCAUUCUAAAAAUUCCUUGAACGUUGGCCUUUCCAAAUCGUCUACUUUUUACUGUGAUGUAUGCCAAGGAAAAAUUUAAUUAAAUACUAAAAUAAUCAGUUGGCAUCUGUUUGUUCUCAGUCUUGCACAAGAUCGUGAAUCUAGGAGUGAUCCUCAUGUUCACUUAAUCCAUGGUUUGACAUCGUAUCAGCUCUGGUACUCCGAACUUCCCCAGGAGAUGCAAUUGAAGGAUUUCGAUGUGUUCACGCAACCUGAGGUCCCUGGCAUGGCCUCGUGUGGUGGUUUCCCGCAACAAAUUGGGUUAGUGGGAAUGCCAAGUGAUCAUAACUCAGCUGAUAUUCAAUAUGCUGAAAUUUUUGCUCAGAGCAAUUCAGAAAGCUCUAUUGGCAAUGAAAAAAUACAAGCAGACUGCGAUUUGCAAACACGAAGCAAACGGUCUCAUCAGGAUGAUUCUUCGCAUGAAUUCUACAUGACUGGAUCUGCAAUAACAGAUGAAACCAGAGUUGUUUUACCAAGCAUGGAUAGCAACCAAGCGAAUGUAUCCAUUUUUCAUGCACAAGGUUGGUUGAUCUUGUUUCUGUAUUCUUAUCCAGUAUUCUUUUCUGUUUAUGGCAACAUGUGCAAUCACAUGCAAGGUGCCUGACAUUCAAAAUGCUACGCCUGUCUUCCCAGUAGAAGAAGAGCUUUUGAUAGUUCUUUAGUUCUUUUUUUCUUAAAGAAUAUUGUUUUGGAUCAGCUCUUUCAUGAAUAUACUGUACCCUUUUUUUGUCAGUGUAGAAUUGUUUUCUUUUCUGGUUAGUUAGUGAGCAGUUACCUCUUAUUGUGCAGACACACAUCUUUCUGAAUGUUCAAUAUAGCAGAUGCAAUCGUAUUGUGCUAAUAAAUGAUGUGGUGGUAAUAGGAUCGUUUGGUACUGAAUAUUGGUCCCCUGAGAAUUUUGAGCGUCUGGAGUGCGUUUUGCCUAUUGUUAAGCGGAAAAAAAGGAAAUAUAAAUGGGGUAGAUUUAGAAAUUCAUGCUCAGCGGUGUACUUGCAUUCUCAUCCAUAGUUUUGAAGCAGUUCCCCCUGCCUCCUUGGUAACACAUGCUUAGACUUAUUUCAGUAUGCAUUAUGCCGAGACGUCAUUGGUUAUGCCCUUUAAUAUUUUGGAAAUAUUACUCUAUCAGAGCGUGAUGUAAUGUAUGCGUUUAUGUGGAGCAUUUUAGGUCCACUGGUGUUGUCUCUAACUAGGAUUUAUUAGUGUCCCUUAUAUUUGCACGUGCAUUACUAAUACCAUUUUAUUGUUGGCUGAAGCUUCGAUUUUCUCAUUAUCUUCUUUGCUGUACUGUCUAUUUUUUUCCAUGUUAUAUGGUUAAGCUCUAAAAUCUACUUUGAUUGUACAUUGUUUCAUUGAGCUUUUUUUUCACAUAUGGAUGUAUUCUUAUGGUAUGUUUUUUUUUCAUGUUUGUGCCAUUUCUUGAAGUAUAUUUUUAUGUAUCCAGGGUUGGAUGCAUGUUUAUUACCUAUUCGGUUGGAGGAAUCAACGGAGGAUCUUGAGUUUAUGAUCCUCUCGCAUAAGAAACUGCUGAAUGAACAUUAUAUAGAUGCAGUGAAACACCUGAGAGCGGCUCUUCAUUCUAAUCCACCGAUGUUAUCAGCCUUGCAUCCUUUGAUACAGGUAGUUUGGCUGUAUACUAUCAACAAUGGUCUUCUUGUUGAAUAAUUCUUGGUACAUGCGCUCUUUAAUUGCCAGAAGUUCAUUAAAAUGGUUUUUAUUGAAUAUACCUAUUUACUGUUUACUGUACCCUUCUUCAUGCAGACAGAAUCGUAUCAAUAUGUUACCGUUAUACUCUAAUAUUUUUUUGCAUAACCUGCAAGAACUAUUUUAAAUGACCUUGCUGAAAAUCCAUUCGUGUGAAUUUGAUGCUUUUAUUGGUCGUGUGGACAGUUUGUUUUUCCUAUUUGUGUGCAAGAUCAAAAUUCCUUCAUUCCACUAUAGAAGAUAAUUAGUACACCAGAUGCGUGGGGGAAAGGUUGGGAAUAUGUUACUCGUUUUUUUGAAGUAUUGAUGCUCAUGGUCUCAGAUCCUUAGGAUGUAAGAUGAGGAUUAAAUUGCGUAAAAUUGAUCACUACCUGGCCUCUUUCAGCAUGUAAGUUGACACUGAAGUAAGAAUUAUUCAUGAACCCCUACCAUUUGAAUAGCAGAAAUAAGAGUUUGGCCUUGUACCUCCAGAUUGGUUACCAUGAUAAGGAAUAGGAUCUUCCAUUAUUCGAAAUUGGGAUUGAAUUUUCUGGCCAACUCAUUUAUAUGAUUUCGGAAUUCCCUUUUUCCUUGGGGCUGCACACAAUCUAUCUGUGGGACGUUGUCCCUUCUUGGAAGGGCUAAUAUAGGUAAAAGUUUAACAUUUCUGAUGCGCAGGCCUAAUGUCUUAUGAUGUGUCCUAUUUUUAUAGAAAAAUCAUGAAAUGUUUUUUCAUGGUUUGGAUUUAAUUCUUUUUAUUCACUUUUUUGUUCCGUGUAACAGCUUUUAUUGAUUGGCGAUCAAGUGGAAGAAGCACUUAAGGAGCUUAAUGACUUCUUCCAUACAUCUAAGUCAAUGUUGCCUUUAAGGUUUUGGAAACCACCUGUUGCCUUUUCUUUUGUUCUUAUCGUUUCCCUUGGUGAUAUAUUAAAUAUCUGAGACCUUGAAGAAUUAUCGUAACCGAGCCUGAUAUUUAUGCAUAAUGUUUUUACCUAUCUCGUGAGACACGAUCUGAUAUGCAUAAUCCGUGAGUCUUGAGGCUGGUGAUCUGAUUUCUUGAGUCAAACAUGACUUCUAAUCACAUGAUUGUAAUAUUUUCUGAUGCAAAUUUCACGACCCACAUUACAUGUCAUCAUCUGAUACCAGUCUGAUGCCUGAAAUGAGACUUGUUGCCAGUCCUGGGAACAUCUGUUAUUUGUACUUUAUGUUCAGCAAGGGAUUUGACCUGCUAAUAAUUGAUCAUCAUAGCAUAACUCUGACGUUCAUCUUUUCCAAAUAAGCAUACCGUGGAAAGCUUGAUAUCAUUUCUGUGACCUUUUUCCUUGCUAUGGUCCAUAGGUUGACUGUAUGCUAUGUAUUCAGUUUGCGUCAUCCUAACCUGUAUAGAACACAGCUUAAAACUUGAUAUAUCGAUUCCCUGUGAUAAAUUUCCUCUUAAUAUAAAUCCAAAAUAAUACUGACUACGACUUUUAAGUUAAAGUUUCUAUUCUACCUCACUCUGAAAUCUUAAGAAAGAGGUGAGGAGUUUUAAAGAUCAGUGAGUAAGGGCAUAUGUACUUUGUCUUGAGGUCUGACUAGAGUAUGCAAAUUUCAAACAUAGGGCUAUAUAUCAUCGUAUAAAGUUUUGGUUAAUUUUUUUCAUUUUUUUUCUGGAAUAUGAUGUAAAUGACAUUUUUUGCUUUCCGAGUGCAGGAUAAUUAUUAAUUGAUGUUCUCUUUCCUACAGAUACAAAGCUAGGCUUUUGGAGUGCCUAGGUAAUGGUCAAUACAUGGAAUUUGCAAAAUGUUAUGAACAAAUUGUGGAGAUUGAACCUAGUCAUGUCCCAUCACUGCAGAGGCUGAUCAGUUUGCAUAUGAAUGGUAUAAUUUACAUCUGAAAAUCCAGAUUUUCAUCUUUUAAUUCUUCGUUCGGCUGCUACUGUCAUCAUUAAAUUCAUGUUCUCCUAGCUCCUGCUUCUUUUCUCACCUAGGUUUGUUUUUGGUCAAACCUAAUCCUGUGGCACGAGCUGAGAAUUUUGGCAAGCCAAUCUCAUCCUAGUCCAAUUCUAAUGGCCAAAAUAGGCUCAAAUAGGCUGGAAGUGCCCAUAAAAGUGGGGCCAGAGUUGCAUGAUACAAGGUUUAUCAGUUUUCAUUCUUUCUGAUAACCUGUUUAAGUCAUCUUUUUGGGAUUCUGUGUAAAAGUUAUGACUGAAAUAUUAGACUUGGAUGAGUAUAGCCGAAAACUUCCUCACUGAUCAAUGUAGAUCAUCCCCUGUCCCAUCCUCCUGAAAGUUGACAGACUACAUUUUUCAAAGUACACUGAUAAAGUUGCCAUGUCGCACCUAUCAGCUAUAUAGGUUAAAAAAAUUCUAUUAUUCAAAAUGCACUCUGAUAAAGCUGAGAAAUGUAGAAAACUUCUAAUAUUGAUUUUCAACUAUUUUCGCAUUGAGGAAAUUAAAUAUAAAUUAGAAGGAUGAAAAACAGAUGAAUGGGUACAUGAACACUGGGACUUAAAAAUAUUUGAACUGGCAGCCUUUUUAUAAUUAUUUUCAAAGGUUAUAAACCUGAAACUAAAUUACUAGUAGUCGUUGAUGUAUGGUUGUUUCUUUUAGGGUAUUGCAAUAUAGCACUGCUUGGCUGCUGAAUUAGUAUUUUUAUGGUCUGAUUAAAUGGUUUGAUAAGAGGUGACUUUACAUGUGAUUUCUACCUAGGAAUGUUGUAGCUCAAAUUAUUAUUCGCUCUGGAACGUUUUAAAUGAAUGCCGUUUGUUUUAUGUGAUGAUUUUUUUUUUUUGAAUUUUAAGAAACGUGAUAAACUUUUAGUACUUUGCCUUACUCUCCUCCUGCCAACUGCUGAUUAAGAAUGCACUUAUACUGAGUGGGAAAACAAGAGAAAAGAUGAGGACAAAUCAAGCGUUGGUUCAUGUUUUUGUUCAAAUGUAGAUUGAUGGAAAAGUAAUUUGAUACUGUGAGUUUCUCAUUCUUGACUGAUCGCUAAUACUCAUCUCCAGACUGGGUAUUACGGGAUAAUAAAAGAAUCCCAUCAUAUAAUAUACUUAUACAAAAAAAAUACUUAUAAGCACUAAUGCAUUGAUUCUCCCUGAACAGAGUAUGUGUGGUAGAUAAACUGAGUGACUGCUGUAGAAUUCCUAUCCUAGAUGCAGAAUUUGGUGAAGAUUCUUUGGCAUGUUCUGAAUGGGUAUAUACUCAUCUCCAGGCUGUGUAUUACGGAAUAAUAAAAGAAUCCCAUCAUAUAAUACUGUAUAAAUAAAUACUUGCAAACACUGAUGUAUAGAUUCCUCCUGAACAGAGUAUGGGUAGUAGGUAAGUUGGUUGACUACUGCGGAAUUCCUAUCCUGGGUGCAAAUUUGGUGAAGAUUGUUUGGCAUGUUCUGAUUGGGUAUAUACUCAUCUCCAGACUGGAUAUUAAUAUUUACAUAAAUACCUACAAACACUGAUGUAUUGAUUCCCUCUGAAGAGAGUAUGGGUGGUAGGUAAAUUGGGUGACUACUGUAGAAUUCCUAGCAUGGAUGCCGAAUUUGGAGAAGAUUGUUUGGCAUGUUCUGAAUGGCAUUCUGAUUCUGAAUUUUGUUGUCAUUUUAGGAAAUUAUGGUACAGUACGCCUUAUGGAAUAUUUAGCGAUGCAUUUGGAUCACACAGAUGGGAUAUCAAGCAUGUGGGAGGAACUCGCUUCAUGCUUUCUUAAAAUUCAGUCUCUCCAGCUGUCUGAGUACGAGGAGGAUGAAGAGUCAACGAUGAGACCGAUCCAUUUCAGUAGUAUGGCUUGCAGAUCCACUACUCCAAGAAAAAUUCCAAGGGUUUUCCUAAGAGGAGAAGCAAGGAACAUGUGGACAUAUCGCUGUAAAUGGUGGUCCAAACGUCAUUUUAGCAAGGCCAUCUAUAUGUCAGAGAUUCAGACUGGUACAACUUCCUUUUUAGUCUCUCAUUUUCAUGGUCAUCCAUAUCAGUAUGGUCAUUCUAUCAUUGUCCUUUGGUGCAUCAGAACACUUGCCCAGUAUCCGAUAAUAUAUUUUCUCUUGAAUUCUUCCUCUGAAACUGAUGGAAAGCUUGUUCUUCACGAGUUCUUGAGAAGAAAACACUCGCCAGGAAGAUCUGCACCAACAGGACUUUAUGAUCUCUGUGGUUUCCAACUUGGUUGACCCUGAAAGCCUUUUGGGCUUUAUGCUUAUCUAUAAAGAUGAUGUGUUAAUAAUUUAUCUCUGGGCUAUUUUUUUUUACUAGCUCACCUCCUGCCUUUUUAUUUGAUCUUGAACUUCCAGUUGGAACAGAAAACACUAUAUUUUUUUUUUAUUUUAACCUUUAUUCCACUUAAAGCAAACUCUUGAAUAACAUUUAUAGCUUCCAAUCAUUCCAUUUCGGUGCUUCAGAAACACUAGGCUUCUGAAACUGAUGGAGAUCAUAUUCAUAGCCAGUUCCUUGCUUUCCUCUUCUAAAAUUAUUUAAUAUUUUUUUUUUUUAAAACGAAAACGACAUUUAGAUUGAUCAAGUAUGGAAUGACUGUGUGGGUUCCUGCAGGGGAUUUUCAGCGCCUAGCAUACAAGGCCGCAUGCGCCUGCCACCUGUACGGUCCAGAUUUUCAGUACGUCAGAGAGUUACUGUGCAAAGGAGGCAGAGACCAGAUAUCUUUCCUGCGUAGGCACAUGGACAGUUCCUUGAAGCUGUGCGAAGCUUUGACUGCAGGAAACCCCUUGUGA